CCGUGAAGGCAGCAGGACGGUGAGCAGGUAGACUGUCAAUGAGAUCCCCGGGGAGCGACAGAGAGUCCGGGAGGUACACUUCAGGGACGGAGUCAUAACUGUACACUGUCUCUCCGCCUUAUCAACUUUUAUUGGAGACCUCAAGGCGAGUGGACCACCUCUAGUUCGCACUUUUUUGCUGCGUUUCUUCUCCCUUCUCACUGAGAAGUUUAAUUUUCCCCUCCGUGUCCUCGGGAGGAUAGGGUCUAACUUCUCACACUGCGGCAGAGUUUGAGGACUCGGGGAAAGAAGUUUCCCCCCCCCCUCAGCGAGUAGCUUUAAAUGAGGACCGCCUGAAAACACGUCGAUGGCUCCGCUGCACGAGCUGCUCCGGUUUGGACCCAACGUAAUUACCAAGUUAUAAGUAAAGUAAACGGUGCGUGGGCUUGUGUUAAUAAUUAGAUAGAGCGGCGUGCUGAAUUUAAGGGCUUCUUCGAGGAUAAUUUUUCGCAACUUCUUUGUUGUAAAAAAAAAAAAAAAAAAAAAAAAAAAAAUAUUGCCCAACUUCUCGGCGCCGCAUUUGUCCGUCAGCAUGCGCUAUAACUCCGCGGCGGCAACCUGUAUCACAGCCUUUGAAGUUCACGCCGUCCCUCUUUGGGGGAUUUAUCCAGAAAAUGUGGCGCCCACAGGACGGGCUCGUCUGACGCUUUGUCAGCUCGCGUUUGGUUGCAAAAUGUGAUUGUGGAGUUCGGCGAACCGGUGUGCACUGUGCUAGAAUACAGUUCUUCGGAGACGGAGACGGGGACGCACGCCGUUGCCAGGACCUGUCAACGCAAACACGCCGCAAAUGAGGACAUUUGUUGUGUGUGUGGCGAAGAGCAGCCCGUUGGAAACCAAUGCACACUUCAGGAUCUGACACGACACGGUGCACUGGUGCACGCAGUGCUCCACCAGCCACACUAUUGACACUGGAUACGGGGGCGCAUUAGUUGGCCACCUACAUAUCAGUUUGUGUGACAAAGCGGCUUGGCUCCAUGUGAGAGAUUUGUGAAGAGUCUGAACAUGAACUCUGGAGCCGAAUGGAAGUUUUAGGACGUUCACGCGCGACUUACGAUGGAAGUCCGUCAGCGUUAAAAAAGUUUGGAUCUUAAAAACUACUCUCCGAGGCAGAAAGAAGAAGUGUGGGGGACCUGUGCGCGUGUGUAAAUCUCUUCGGUGUUGUGUUUGUAUCCGCGGUGCUUGCCUGCUUUGAAGUCCACCAUGUGCGGCCGGGCACCGCCGCUACAGCCGAGGCCAUGACCGUCCCCCAGCGGCGCCUGGCCGGGCUCUGGCCGUGGCUGCUCAUGGCGGCCCUGCAGGUGGUGCUGGGCCAGCCGGGCCUGGAGCCCGAGCGGCCGGCCCUGCGCGCGGUCAUCAAGGUGACACUGCUGAAGCACGAGCCGACGGGGAAACCCAUCAUCUUGGAAGGGGUGUUCGUGGGAGGAAGUGCUGGCAAAGCGGAGGGCAAACUAAUGCAGUACCACCCUCUGUCACUGUGCAACACAAGCGAGGAUGAGCGACAAGAGAGUGACUUCAUCACCAUUGUCAAACUGGAGCACAGGGUACCCCGAUGUCUGCCGCUGCUCGACAAGGCUCGCAUGGCUCUGGAUAAAGGAGCUCAGGCUGUGAUCUUUGAUGUCAGUGACGAUGCCAAUGCUGCUGCUGAGCUGAGAGAGACAGACUCCCUACCGCGCCCCGUCGUGCUGGUGGAGGCUGAGGAUGCUGAGGAGCUCAUGGGUUUGGUCAACAAGAACGAGGAGGCCAAAGUGGUGAUUGAGAUCAAGAUGGAGCCUAAAUGGCCACAUUAUGAUGUGGGCAUCCUGCUCACCAUCGUGCUGGCUAUUCUCACCAUCGUCCUGAUCUUUGCUUUCCGCUACAAGUGCAAGUCGAACCGGACCUGGGACUCUGUCCAUCAGCAGACCAUGCGGGCCAUAAGUCGACUGGAGACUAAAACCUACAGCUCCCAGGGCUGCUCAGGGUCACAGCGCCACCGUGCUGCCGCCUGGGGUUCGGCCAGCAGCUCCAACUCGAGCCCCGUGUGUGCAAUCUGCCUGGAAGAGUUCCAGGAUGGGCAGCAUCUGAGGAUCAUCUCCUGCGCUCACGAGUUCCAUAAAGACUGCGUCGACCCCUGGCUGCUGCAGCACCGCACCUGUCCCCUCUGCAUGCACAACAUCAUGGGAACAGAGCGACAGCCCCAGAGGAGCAGACUCCAGCAGACUGCGGAGCAAAGUCAAGGCUUCCUGCACCCUCAGUCUUACAGCAGCCCGCACAACCACCCGUUCCCCCAGCACGCGAUCCCCUUCUCCAUGAGGCCCCACUAUCCUCGAGGGCCCUCUGGACCCUAUCCAAAUCUGGGCCACUACAGUGGCUCUUCUCCCAUGGACACUCAGACACUGCGUUUCCUCACCAGCAGGCAGCACGGCUCCGGUUGCGGGUACCACCUCCCGGCGGAUGUUCCCGGGAGGCCCCACAGGAUUGGAGGUAACUGCAGGACCUCCACCCAUCACUACACCCCCCGUCGGCCCUGCCACAACUACCGCUCGUCCUGUCCCGCUCAGCGCAGCGCGUCCAGCUCAAGACUGCACCACAACGGCGCCCCGCAGAACCGCGGGGUGGCGGCCCACGGCCGGCAGGACGAGGGCAGCUGCUCCGGGGGCAGCUACCACACGGAGCGCAGCGGGUACUUGGCCGACGGGCCGGCGAGCGACUCCAGCUCUGGGCCAUGCCACGGCUCCUCCAGCGACUCCGUUCUCAACUGCACCGACGUGUCCCUGCAGGGAGUCUACGGCAGCUGGUCCACCUUCCGCAGCUCCCUGAGUAGUGACUACGAUCCGUUUGUGUAUUACGGGCCGGGUCCCGGGCGCGCCCCCCGCAGGAACAGCCUGGAGGCCGGAGCCCAGGCCCGGCCCAGGUCUCUGGAUUCUGUGGUUAACAAACCUGGCUACGCUGAAGAGCAGCCGCAGACUGUGUGCAGCCACAUCCACUACCACCGCCACAGACACCACCACUACGAGGAGGGGGACCACAGCCAGGGUCUGAGCAAAGGCUCAGACGAGGAGCAGGGGGCCGCCGCCGCCACCGCUGCAGCGGCCGCGCCCGCUGCCCUCGUCCUGGACAAAGACUCACCCGCGUGCCCUCCGAAGCACAGCCCCUGCCACUGCCCCAAGCCAGACCCCACAGAUCAGCCCAGUCCUGGGAUAGAGUGUCAGGACAUUGACCCCAGCGGCCCCACAGGACCCCCCGUCCUCGUGUCCCCGAUCCCCUUACAGCUCCAGCCCCACUGCUGCCACCAGGUUCACGGGCAUCCCCCCGCUCCGCUCGGGCGAGUGGGAGGCUGCGUGCUCGACGGCCCCUCGGUUCGCUUCCACCAGAGCCUGGACCUGCAGGACGACCGUAGCAUCCACAUCCACUACGGCCAGGGCCCGGGCUUAUGCUGCUCCCCUCCUGAGCUGCACCCCGCUCUGCUCCCCGUGCCCCUCAUCCUGGACUCCGGGGGGAUGGAGGAUUGGCCUUGCUGCGCCGGGGCCCACGUUGUUUGGCAAAAGCGGGUGCAGCAGGCCCGGUCAGAGCCUCAGCUCCUGGGACCCGGGACCUCUAUGGACAGACCACAUUGCAGGUUCCACCAGGGGCCUGCUGCCGACCGCAACACAGACAUUUGUUUAUGCUGCCAAUCAUUGCACCACAAUCAGGGAUCAGAAGAGGAGUCUGGAGUGUGAGAUGUUGUUGCAUCCCCACUAUCACACUGCUACGCAGGAGCCUGAAUGGACAGGGCUCCUGUUGGCUCACAUGUCUUCCACGUAAUUCCACCAGCAAUGCCUUUUGUUCGGACGAUUCCCCGGCCGCCCCCAGGAUUCCAGUUUAAGUGAUCUUCAUUGUUGAAAGUGAAGUAUGCUGACAUUUUUAGAGUCAUUUUGAACCCUUCUUGGUAUCAAGUCCAAUGAUCUGAAUAUGUGAAGAGGGAGUGUUGCUGGGGAAACGGCUCGUGCGCGUCUUCCUCCUCGUCGGUGAGAGGAGGAAUAUUCCCAUGCUCCUUGGAGACAUCUAACGAAUGACCCUUGCUUAGGGUGUUGAGCCCUCAUGAAGUGAGACCAUCUCUGCAUCGCUCACUCUCUUACAGAAUGACUUGAUUUCUCUUCGAGGUACUUCACUUUCAGAUCUUCGCCUUCCUUCGCUGAGUCCACUCUCAGCUGAGAGAUGCUUUUCUCUCCAGCCUACCUCAGCUCAGAUUUCUUAACACGCCUCACACAGGGAGGUCUUUAAAGGUACUGCUGUAGUGAUUUUUUUUUUUUUUUUUUUUUUUUUUUCUCUCUUUUUGUGUCACGAUCAUGUAGCUCCCACAAACUAAAAAAUAAUCCUCCCGGCAGCCUGACCUGUCCAGAAAGGAGAGAAAGGUUCAGCCCCUCAAACAGCGAGCGUUCACUGAGGCCGCUGAGCCUGGCAAGGGCCUUGUUUUCAAUAUUUCAAUAAUGGCAGCUGUUUUGUUUGUGUUUAGGAUCAUUUUCUGUUUUGUUUUUAUGUCGUCGUAUUUUUUUUUUUUUUUUUUUUUUUCACCUUUCAACAAGAACUGGUUUGACUGAAUCAUGUCAUUGUCAUUACAAGCUAUUGUCUCGUUUUAGUCCUUUCUCUUAACCAGUGGUUACUUCACAUGUUUGACCUCAGUGCUGUUAAAACCCGGGCCUCAUCAGAAGGAUGACAACCAUACCCUCUGCUCCUUUAACUCAUCGCAAUGUCAUUUCUUCCUCUCAAGAGGUUACACCCUCCCCUCGUCUUCCAGCAACUAAAGCUCUAGAAACGUUCUACAUGGCAGCCAUAGCAACAACACGCCUGGCGGUGUGACAGUAUGAAUGGAGCAAAGCCAUGCUAGAUGUGCCGUAGCAUCAGCUCAGUGUGCUUUUCCCAGGAUUUCAAACUGAGAAAUGUCUCAAACAAAAACACACAAAAAAAAAUAAUAAUAAUAAUCAAACACUGGAAAAAUGUUUUUUAAAAACAAUCCUCUUAGUUACAGUCGUGAUUCCUCAGUCAGUGAAAAAAAUCCAAGCUUUUGAGCUCUCAGCACUUGUUGAAGGAAGAUCCACCUCAAAUCAAAUCCAGGAUACUGUUUGGCCAUCUCACAGCUCCAAACAGCAGAAUCAGUGUUUCAACCCAUGUUACCGAAUAUUCCCGUCUAGCAGCUCUGGUGGUCCAAGGAAAUCACGCUAAGGCUGCCUCGCCGCGCUCUUAAAGAUGGAUGUUCUACUUAAACCGCAGGGUUCUCCAUGCUCUCAUUCUACUAGGAAUAGGUGUCGUAGCGUUCUCUUAAAGGUUCAGUGAAAAAUGUGAAAGGAUGUUUCUUUGCAGUCAGACUGCAGGCUGAGCAGAGAAAGCCCUCGUGGGUAUUGCAGUGUAAAUCCGCAGCACUUAUAAACCCUCACACGUGCCUUAAUCAUUUAAACUGCUCCGAAUCCUAAAUCAGGAAACCUCCCGACACGCUAAGCUCUUACCUGUCUAACCAAAGAGGUAAAAUGAUGAACACAGUGAACUUUGUUGUAUACGUUGUGCCUUUUUUUUUUCCCUGCUCCGGUCCUUUCUUCUAAUCCGACUGUGUGCUCUCGCUGACAAGAGAGAGAAUUGUGCUAGAAUUGAAGUGCAAAUCGUUUUGGGCUCAAUUGUUUCGGACAAUCAUGCGGUGUCUCUUAACCAGCAGUCCCUCGCACUAAUACCUCACUUUGAAUGUGUCAACGCAGUGUGCUACGUAUAAAGUAUCAGGGUUUCCUUUUCUUGCCCGGAAAAAAAAAAACAAAAAAAACAAAAAAAAAAAGUAAAUGACUGAAAUACAAGCAGCACUUUGGCUUUAGCAGAUUUUAUGUAGAAAGAAAGGAAAAAUAAAAUCAUAGUAUUAAUGCGAAGCAAGCCCGAAACCAUCAGCACACGGAAAAGAAAAAAAAAAUAUCCUGGUGUGAUUUCAUCCUGUUCAAGAUCCUUCUCUUUGUGUUGUUUAUGUGUUUGUUUUUAUAUGUUGCAAGAAUAAUGAGCUGAAACUGCCUUUUCUAAUAGAGUUAAAAAAAAGAAUCCCUCCAGAACUUUAAGGGAUGCGUCAGUAUAUUUUGGAUACUUUAUGUACAAAAAGAACAACAAAAACAGAAAUGAAAUAGUGUUGUAUUUUAUAUAUAAUAGAACAUUUCAAUAUAGUGACACGUCACUAAUAUAUUUAUUUACUAAUAUAUUUAUCCAUUUUGCCCAGGUUUGAAAGAGUGGUUUCUGUAUAGACUGAAUGUUUCUAUAUGGAAACUGACCAGUGCCAUCACAGAUCUAUCAACCUGUCUUCAUUCCAAUUAUAUGCAAAUAAAUUAUUUUGAAAUAAAA